AGAGCCUCUGGGAGUGAUGGGCUCAGAAGUUUUUUUAAGAGAUUUUUUUAUGGAGAAUUUUGUGAACUGAAGUCGCUUCUUGAUAUUUUUUUCGGGAGCCUACUAGUCUCAGAGGUAUUUAAAAAAUGCGGUAUGAUAUUGAGAUAGCAGGAGAAUGUAGAAAAUGUGCAGACUUUUUUGAGAAUAUCUUUAACAGUUAACACUAGCGGAAUAUUUUUUUUGUGGAACUAUUAGUUUUAGAGAUAUUUUAAAAGUUAACAAUGGAAUUUCACGAUAAUAGGAGGAUAUUGCAGGAGAUUUUUCGAGGGAAAUUUGAUGGACCAAGGGGCUAUUGAUAUUUGCUGGUGAACCUGCUAGUUUCAGGGACUUGAAAAACGCAUCAUGGAAUUUUAGGUAUUAGUAGGUGCAUAUAAUAAAAUGUGCAAAUUGUUUUGAAAAUAUCGAUAAUAGGCUUGGAAUCUUUUUUCCAGUCUAUUGUUGAUAUUUCCUAUUAGUGAAUCUAUUAGUUGCAGAAAUAUUUGCAAAAUGGAGGAUCAAAAUUCAAAUUAUUAGAGUUUAGUCAAGCCUAUUAUAGUUAACAAUAUCUAUAAUAGGCUUGGAAUAUUUUUUUCUUAGCUCUUUGAAGAUAUUUCCUACUAGUGAACCUAUUAGUCGCAGAAAUAUUUGCAAAAUGCAGGUUCAAAAUUCAAAUUAUUAGAGUUUAAAGAAAUAGGCUGAGGAUUUAUUGGUGUUAGUUGCUGAGCCUACUUCUCUGAGAGUUGUAUAAAUUAACUAUAAAAUUGUAAAUUAUUAGAAGAAAAUGUACGGUAACAUCUCUAAAACUAAUAAAUUUAGAAACGCCAAAAACCCUUUUUCAUGAACCUACUAAUUUGAACAUCUAGUAGGAGAAGAACUAAUUCGCAUAUUACGUUUCCAGUAUUUCCGAAGCUAGUAGGUUCAUCGAGAAACUCCGAAGGCUAUUUUUUAAGAUAAUUUAACGAUCUAAACACGAUGUUUCACUACUUAAACCUACUAGUUUCCGAGAUAUUUAAAAACCAAUCUGUGCACUCGUUCCAGCCUUAUCAUUAUCAAUUUAAAUUUUGUAAGACUGCGCGCGCACUUGCGGCCAUUGUCGUGGUAAAUCAUAAACACAAAUGUAAACAUCAGUCACGAGGAGAUCCUCACUGAUCCUCACAUCACAAAAAGCCAAAUAAAAAACGUACAAAAAAUCUAAAUAAUUGUUAUCGACUGGACAAAUCAAUAAAUCAUCUCCACUGGGGGAAAAGUUAAGUAAAAAUGAAGGAGGAUAUCACCGAAGUCUGUGAGAAGCUGGACAACCUGCUGCUCCAGACCCUGGACCUCAUGGAGGAGAAGGUGGUGACGACAAUUCAGCUGGAGAAUCAUCUUCGUGAUGGGCACCUGGAGCUGGCGAAGGCGAGGUACAUCCAGGGGAAGGAGACAGUGGGGAUGCUCAGGGUGCCCCAGGACACGGCGAUAACCUCCCUCUUCAACCUGGAGACGUCCUAUCCGGAGCACAGCGACGACGAGACCGAGCCGAGCACCUCCCCCAUCCCUCGUUUCUCGAUUAACCUCAAGGAUAGAGAGGAGAUUAAGGAGAUUCAGGAUCCUCUCAAGUGGUUCGGAGUUCUCGUCCCCCAGAGUCUGAAAACCGCUCAGAAACGCUUCCAGGAGUCGCUGUAUCUUUCUGCCAGGAUCAGUGAUAUUGGGGCUGAACUCAACGUCAUCUCCAAGGAUUUUGAGGCUGUUAAGAAAGUUAAAGGUCAAUUGCUGGAGAGGGAUAAUAGGGAGUAGAAUUAUGGAAUUGUAAUGUGGAGGGGGAAGGUUCAAGGGGAAAAUAGGUCCUUUUUGGAAUAAAUUCUAUGAGUUACUGAAAAGGUUCUUUAAUUUUUUUUUAUGAGUCUAUCAGUUGCGAAGGAUUUUGCGGAUUAGUAGGUGCAGUUUUGGGAUCCAGUGAUUUUAAUGCAGAUCAGAAUGAGUUUGGAAAUAAAAAUUCUAGGCCUGUACCUAUUACCGGACAUUUUUUUUUAAACCUACUAGUUUUUAAGAUUUUUGCGGACAAUUAGGCACAGUUUUGGGAUCCACUGAUUUUAAUGCAGAUCAGAAUGAGUUUGGAAAUAAAAAUUCUAGGGCUGUACCUAUUGCCGGACAUAUUUUUUUAAACCUACUAGUUUUAACGAUUUUUGCGGACAAGUAGACGCAGUUUUAGGAUCCAGUGAUUUUAAUGCAGAUCAGAAUGAGUUUGGAAAUAAAAAUUCUAGGGCUGUACCUAUUACCGGACAUAUUUUUUUUUAAACCUACUAGUUUUGACGAUUUUUGCGGACAAUUAGGCACAAUUUUAGGAUCCACUGAUUUUAAUGCAGAUCAGAAUGAGUUUGGAAAUACAAAUUCUAGGGCUGUACCUAUUACCGGACAUUUUUUUUUAAACCUACUAGUUUUGAAGAUUUUUUGCGGACAAGUAGGCACAGUUUUGGGAUCCAGUGAUUUUAAUGCAGAUCAGAAUGAGUUUGGAAAUAAAAAUUCUAGGGCUGUACCUAUUACCGGACAUAUUUUUUUUUAAACCUACUAGUUUUGGCGAUUUUUGCGGACAAGUAGGCACAGUUUUGGGAUAUCCAGUGAUUUUGUUGCAGAUCAGAAUGAGUUUGGAAAUAAAAAUUCUAGGACUAUACCUAUUACCGGAUAUUUUUUUAUAAACCUACUGUAGAUAGAUUAAUAGGACAAUCUGAUCAGGAGCUUGGAGAAAAAGUAGG